GCUGUAACCGUUUAACUAAAAACAUGGAGCAAAGCUGAAAAAUAUGGAGCAGAGCAGUCCCAAACACCUCCAAUACUCCAACAGUACUAGCCUAUUACAUCUUCUUCAGCCCGCCUCUAAAGUUGAAGUGUUUGCCAAGUCGCCUCCUCAGUCCUCAGUCCUCAGAGUCAGACAGAAGAGAGAAGAGAGAGUGAGCGAGACAGACGAAAGGCUCGCUAGACAUGGCCAAGGCUCACGUCCUGGUGCUGCCGAUGCCGUGCCAGGGCCACGUCACGCCGCUCAUGGAGCUCUCCCACCGUCUGGUCGACCAAGGCUUCGAGGUCACCUUCGUCAACACCGAUGUGGACCACGCCUUGGUGGUAACCGCGCUGGAGGCCUCCGGCGGCGCGGCGGCGUUUGGCGGCGGCAUCCACCUGGCGUCCAUCCCGGACGGGCUUGCCGACGACGAGGACCGCAAGGACAUCAACAAGCUCGUCGACGCAUACUCGCGCCACAUGCCGGGCUACCUGGAGAGCCUCCUCGCCGACAUGGAGGCCGCCGGGCGGCCCAGGGCGAAGUGGCUCGUCGGCGACGUCAACAUGGGCUGGUCCUUCGAGAUCGCCAAGAAGUUCGGCAUCCGGGUCGUGUCCUUCUGGCCGGCGGCCUCGGCGUGCUUGGCCUUCAUGCUCAAGAUUCCCAACCUGAUAGAGGAAGGACUCAUAAACGACAAGGGGUUGCCAGUCCGGCAGGAGACGUUCCAGCUGGCCCCGGGGAUGCCGCCGCUGCACUCGUCGCAGCUGUCGUGGAACAACGCCGGCGAGCCCGAGGGGCAGCACAUCAUCUUCGACCUGGUGACCCUGAACAACAAGCUGAACGAGCUCGCGGAGAUGGUGGUGAGCAACUCCUUCUACGAGGCGGAGGCCGGCGCGUUCAAGCUCUUCCCCAGCAUCCUGCCCAUCGGCCCGCUGUUCGCCGACCCGGCGUUCCGGAAGCCCGUGGGGCACUUCCUGCCGGAGGACGAGAGGUGCAUCAAGUGGCUGGACACGCAGCCGGACGCGUCCGUCGUGUACGUGGCCUUCGGCAGCAUCACCAUCUUCGACCCGCGCCAGUUCGAGGAGCUCGCCGAGGGGCUGGAGCUCACCGGCCGGCCGUUCCUGUGGGUGGUGCGCCCGGACUUCACCCCCGGCCUCAGCAAGGCGUGGCUCCACGAGUUCCAGCAGCGCGUCGCUGGCAAGGGCAUGAUCGUCAGCUGGUGCUCACAACAACAGGUUCUGGCUCACCGCGCGGUGGCAUGCUUCGUGUCGCACUGCGGGUGGAACUCGACCAUGGAGGGGGUGAGGAACGGCGUGCCGUUCCUGUGCUGGCCCUACUUCUGCGACCAGUACCUGAACCGGAGCUACAUUAUCAACGUGUGGAGGACGGGCCUGGCGGUGACGCCCGACGCAGACGGGAUCGUAACGCAGGAGGAGCUGAGGAGCAAGGUGGAGCAGGUCGUCGGCGACGCCGACAUAAAGGACAGGGCGCUGGUGUUCAAGGAUGCAGCCCGCCGGUGCAUCGCCGAAGGGGGAUCCUCGAAUGACAACUUCAAAAAGCUCGUCAACCUGCUCAGUUCGGGUACCCGCAAAUUCGGGUUCGGGUUCGGGUUCGGAGGAGUAUGUGAUAUAUUGAAUGCUCUGUUUCUAAGUUCGUUUAAAAAAAACAAAAAUUAUCUGGCUCUAGCUAAGGCAGCGGCCGCCAAUCCUCCAUAUGACUCCAUAUCCAUUCAGCACGGUGGUGCUCGUGUCACAACCGUGCGGCAUUAUCACCACAAGGUUUCAGACGCCGCCCCCCUGGCCACUGCACGUCUUGGUUUUGCUUCCGACUUCCCAGCUCCUGCCAUGGCGGCGCCUCAUGUCCUGGCCCUGCCGUUCCCUGCCCAGGGGCACGUCAUCCCUCUGAUGCAGCUCUCCCACCGGCUGGUCGAGAAUGGCAUCGAGGUCACCUUCGUCAACACCGAGCUCAACCACGCGCUCGUGCUAGACGCGAUGCCGGCUGACGGCACUGGCCGGUCGCUCGACGGCAUCCACCUGGUGGGCGUCCCGGACGGGCUGGCCGACGGCGACGACCGCAAGGACCUCGGCAAGCUCGUCGACGGGUUCUCACGGCACAUGCCGGGCUACCUGGAGGAGCUUGUCGGUAGGACUGAGGCGUCCGGGGGCACAAAGAUCAGUUGGCUCAUCGCCGACGAGGCCAUGGGGUGGGCGUUCGAGGUCGCCAUGAAGCUCGGCAUCAGGGCCGCCGCCUUCUGGCCCGGGUCGGCGGCCUUCCUCGCCACAAUUUUGAGAAUUCCUCAGAUGAUACAGGACGGCAUCAUCGACGAGAAAGGGUGGCCAAAUCGGCAGGAGACAUUCCAGUUCGCGCCGGGGAUGCCACCGCUCCACACGUCGCAGCUGCCGUGGAACAACUCCGGCUUGCCGGAGGGCCAACCGGCCAUAUUCCAGCUCCUCACCCGGAACAACGAGGCCAGAGACCUCGCCGAGGUCAUCGUCUGCAACUCGUUCCGGGACGCGGAACCUGAAGCGUUCAAGCUGUACCCCGACGUCAUGCCCAUCGGCCCCCUGUUCGCGGACCGUCAGUUCCACAAGCCGGUGGGGCAGUUCUUGCCGGAGGACACCGGGUGCCUCGAGUGGCUCGACGCGCAGGCCGACCGCUCCGUCGUGUACGUGGCGUUCGGCAGCUUCACCGUCUUCAACCCGCGGCAGUUCGAGGAGCUUGCGCUGGGGCUGGAGCUCGCUGGCCGGCCGUUCCUGUGGGUGGUGCGGCCGGACUUCACCGCUGCUGGCCUGAGCAAAGCGUGGCUCGACGAGUUCCGGGACCGUGUCGGCGGCAGGGGCAUGAUCGUGAGCUGGUGCCCCCAGCAGCAGGUGCUGGCUCACCGUGCGGUGGCGUGCUUCGUGUCGCACUGCGGGUGGAACUCGACGAUGGAAGGGGUGAGGAACGCGGUGCCGUUCCUGUGCUGGCCCUACUUCACGGACCAGUUCCAGAACGAGAGCUACAUCUGCAACGUGUGGAGGACCGGCUUGGCGGUGGCGCCGGGGCCGGACGGCGUCGUGACGAAGGAGGAGCUGAGCGGCAAAGUGGAGCGAGUCCUUGGAGACGACGGGAUCAGGGAGAGGGUGAGCGCGCUCAGGGAUGCGGCGUGCAGGUCCAUCGCCGAGGGUGGGUCGUCGCGUGACAACUUCAAGAAGUUUGUGGAGCUCCUGAAACUGAAAGACUAAAAUAACGCUUUAAUGUAUGCUAGCAAACAUGCAUAUGGGUUACAACUACAGGAUAUAUAGUAAUUUGUUGUGUGUUGUUUA